AUGCCCCACUCCUCUAAUUCUUAUCGUACUUCAUUACCAGCAAGUCAAAACUGGCCUGGGGAGUAUGAAUUUACGGUAUCAUUAGAAUCUCAAGAAAAAUCUAAAAGUGUCGCUUGGACGUAUUCAAAGGUGAAAAAUAAGCUAUAUGUCAAGAAAGACUCCCUUUGUCCAAUCAGUUUUUCUGCAAGUGAAGUUUUGCCAAGCAAUGCCAUGAUAAGAGCCACUGUUGUUUAUUCUUUGCCGCAACAUAUGACCGAUGUUGUUCGACGCUGUCCCACUCACUCCACGAAAGACUUUGAUAAAGGAGUUGCUGAAGCUCAUCAUCUGAUGCGAUGCGAGAGUCGUCUGUCGUCCUACCAAGUCGAUCCCGGUAAUCUUCGCCACAGUGUCGUUGUUCCAUUUGAAAAUCCUGCAGCGGGUCAGCAACAUUCCACCUACUUGUACAAAUUUACUUGUUUUGGAUCGUGCUCUGGUGGCCCGAACAGAAAGCCUUUGACGGUGGUUUUUACACUGGAAAAAGACAAUCAAGUCCAUGGUCGUCGUAAGUUAGAUGUUAAAAUAUGUGCUUGCCCAGUUCGCGACCGCAAAUCGGAAGAAAGCCAGUUGAACAAAGCAUCAAUUCCUGUCAAACGAAAGGAGCCUGUAGAACUAAUAAGUUUAUCUGAUACUUUAGAAUUUACAAGAAGAGUUUCCUUUCCACCAUCGAAGAAGACUAAAUUGUUACCUAAUAAAGAUGGGCAAUACAUUUUAACGGUUGACGAUGUAGAAUGUUAUGAAUUUCUCCAACAGAUGAAAAAGUUUUAUGAUUUUAGUAAAUUGAUGAAAAAUUUAUCUCCAGAUACCAUGUUAAAUAUUUUGUAA